AGUCAAAGUGUUUUUCUUGAUUUGUCUAUAUCUUCACAAAUUAACAAAACCAUUUCCUUUUCCAAUUUUCUGUGAAGGGGAGGAAUAUAUGGUUGUCAAUUAUAUGAAAGUUCAUGUUGCAGCAAUAUUGUUAAUCCAAGGGCAGACCAAAAUAUUCUGAUAGCUAGAGAGCUAUGGAGUCAGUUCUUCCCAGUUCAAAUACUGAUUUAUCAGCAGAAAAUAAGGAAGAUGAAGAAGUCAACAUUUCAAAGGAGCUUGAUGCUGGAGCUUUAUUUGUGCUCAAAUCCAGAGGGUCAUGGUUGCAUUGUGGAUAUCACCUGACAACUUCAAUUGUAGCCCCUGCCCUUCUAAGUCUUCCCUAUGCACUUUCCUUGAUGGGUUGGUUUGCUGGGGCUUUAUGCCUCACCAUUUCAGCUCUUGUAACGUUCUACUCCUACAACCUUCUGUCCUUGGUUUUAGAACACCAUGACCAGCUUGGCAUGCGCCAGCUUCGAUUCCGAGACAUGGCCAGAGAUAUUUUGGGACCAGGGUGGGGAAGAUACUUUGUUGGUCCAAUUCAAUUUGGCUUGUGCUAUGGUGCAGUUAUAGCUUGCAUUCUUCUGGGAGGGCAGAGCCUUAAGUAUAUAUAUUUGCUUUCUAGUUCAAGACCAGAAGCCAUGCAACUCUACCAAUUUGUUAUUAUUUUUGGUGUCCUGAUGCUGGUGUUGGCACAAAUUCCAUCCUUCCACUCCUUGAGGCAUAUCAACCUUGUCUCUCUAAUCCUUUGUCUUGCAUAUAGCAUCUGUGCCACAGCUGGUUCCGUAUAUAUCGGAAAUUCGACUAAUGCUCCUAGGAAGGACUACUCUUUAAAUGGAAGUGGACAGAAUCGUGUUUUUGGAUCCUUCAACGCUAUUUCAAUCAUCGCAACCACGUAUGGAAAUGGCAUUAUUCCAGAAAUACAGGCAACAAUAGCACCUCCAGUUAAAGGGAAAAUGUUCAAAGGAUUAUGCGUAUGCUAUGCUGUUGUACUUUCGACAUUUUUCAGUGUUGGUAUCUCGGGUUAUUGGGCGUUUGGAAAUCAGGCCAAAGGAACAAUUCUGCUCAAUUUUUUAGUUGAUGGAAAGCCUCUGUUGCCAACUUGGGUUCUAUUGAUGACCAAUGUUUUCACCUUCUUGCAAGUAUCAGCUGUUAGUGUGGUUUACUUACAACCAACAAAUGAAGUACUUGAACGCAAGUUUGCGAAUGCAAAGGUUGAUCAAUUCUCUGUUCGCAAUGUUGUGCCAAGGUUGGUUUAUCGAUCUCUGUCUGUGGUCAUAGCCACAACUGUUGCAGCUAUGUUUCCAUUCUUUGGCGACAUCAACGCUCUGAUUGGAGCAUUUGGAUGCAUUCCUCUGGACUUCAUUUUGCCAAUGGUGUUCUACAAUGUUGUGUUCAAGCCCUCCAAGUACAGCUUACUUUUCUGGGGAAACACAAUCAUUGCCACAACAUUUUCUGCUCUAGGACUGUUGGGUGCAAUAUCUUCAAUCCGACAGAUCGUUCUUGAUUCUAACACGUACAGUUUUUUUGCUAACAUAUAAACUAUAAUGUAGGACUGCUUCAAAAUCCUGUCGCAAGUUUGUAAACGGCAUUUUGAACUGUUUAUCUGCUUCUUUUCUUUUUUUUCUCAUGUGCAUUACUUAUUAUAUAUCGUUGAUCA